AUGAGUAAUUGGUACUGGUUGACGGCAUGGUUGCCUUCAUUAUUAGCUAUUAUUGGAAAUGGCCUCGUGAUUUAUUUGAUUCGUUCACGUCCUAGACUGCGCACCUUACAAAACAGAUUCGUUCUGUCGCUCGCAAUAGCUGACUUCUGUGUUGGGACGUGUUAUUACCCAGGACAUGUAAUAUGCAACUAUUUGCUCGACUCAAAGUGCAAUGUGAUGAUUAGAGAUGACAUUGCAGUGUACAUGAUCUACUCUUCUGUGUCCAAUCUGUGCGCCAUGGCUAUCGACAGGUACAUCGCCAUUGUCAGACCUUUACGCUACUUAACACUCAUGACGACUACACGCGCAAAAAUACUGACGACAAUAGCAUGGAUGAUUCCGAUGGUAGUCUACUUUAUUCCCGCCAUUUGUGUCAGCCUGAAAUUGUUUAGCAUAAACUUUAAGAUAAGUGUGGUAAUCUGGACCACGAUCUUCGAAUUUAUUCCGUGCACGUUGUUGUUGCUUGCUACCAUGCAGGUUAUCAUUAUCUCGAAGAGGCAUCGCCGAAGAGACGCAAACUUCUCUCAGUUAACUCUUCGACAAAAAGCUUCGACAUCAGUGAUUGGAUCAGUUGUGGCUAUUUUUCUUCUUUGCUAUGCUGUAGAGGUUUACAGCUCGUUUUGUCAUUUUACAUCAUUGUGUACUCCAAAUGAUGACAUAUACAACGCAGUGCGUUUUCUCAUUAUUGUUAAUUCGGCCGCAAAUCCUAUCGCUUAUGCGUUGUUCAAGAGAGACAUGAAGAGAGAACUUGAUAAACUUAUCUGCAAAAACUCUUUCACGAAACCAAGCCUUUUGUCGAGACGUAGUAAUGAAAGAUCGACCAGUCUUUGA